AUGCCUUCUUCCGAGCGGAAUAUGUUUUCCGAAAUCCUUUUGUCUGCCAUCAGCCUCCUGCUUGCUAAUUUGCGGUAUUUCCUCUGCUUGUUGAUGCAAUUCAUUCCAGGCUUAAAGAAUUUCCUGCCCAGCCCAUCAAAAGAGCAAAUCACCUUCCACGGCCCCAGGGGUUUGCAAUGCAUCUCGCCCUUAGUGCAGACUGUAGAGGAGACUCCUCAGCCCAUCUCAGCAAAGAUCAAAGGACAUAUUCCCAAAUGGAUUAAUGGCAAUCUUCUGAGGAAUGGUCCUGGGAAGUUUGAGUUUGGCGAGGAGAAAUUUAACCAUUGGUUUGAUGGCAUGGCCCUGUUGCAUCAAUUCCAGUUGGAGAAUGGCACGGUGACAUACCGGAGCAAGUUUCUGCAAAGCAGUUCCUACCUGACUAACAGCCAGCACAACCGCAUCGUGGUCUCAGAAUUUGGGACGCUGGCAAUGCCAGACCCAUGCAAGAGUGUCUUUGGGCGCUUCAUGUCACGCUUUGAGAUGCCACAACCAAGUGACAAUGCCAGCGUGAACUACGUUGUGUAUAAAGGAGACUAUUAUGUCAGCAAUGAGAACAUCUUCAUGUACAAAGUGGACCCGGAAACGCUUGAAACGAAGGAAAAGGUAGACUGGAGCAAAUUUGUUGCAGUGAAUGGGGCCACUGCUCAUCCUCAUUAUGAGUCUGAUGGGACAACGUACAACAUGGGCAAUUCCUAUGGGAAACACGGGUCUAGGUACAAUAUCAUUCAGGUACCUCCACAAAAGUCAAACUGUAGUGACACAUUAGAGGGAGCGAAAGUGCUGUGCUCCAUUGCUCCACUGGAUAAGAUGAAACCCUCCUACUAUCACAGCUUUGGAAUGAGUGAAAACUACAUCAUUUUCAUUGAGCAACCCAUCAAGCUGAAUCUUUUGCAGAUUAUCACUUCCAAACUCCGUGGAAAAGCCAUUUCUGAAGGGAUAAGCUGGGAGCCUCAGUACAAUACUUGCUUCCAUGUGGUGAAUAAGCACACCGGGGAGGUGCUGCCAGGGCAAUGGUACAGUAAGCCCUUUGCUACUUUCCACCAAAUCAAUGCCUUUGAAGAUCAUGGCUGUGUGGUCCUUGAUCUGUGCUGCCAGGACGAUGGAACAACUCUGGCUACUUACAAACUUCAGAAUCUGCGGAGGAGUGGGGAAGGUCUAGAUCAGGUUUAUGACUCAAUAUCCCGAGCUUUCCCUCGUCGCUUUGUUCUCCCACUGAAUGUGAAUUCAGACACGCCUGUGGGGAAGAAUCUGAAUCCACUGUCUUAUACAUUGGCAAGGGCUGUGAAAGAUGCAGAUGGCAAGGUCUGGUGCACACAUGAAAAUCUCCACCCUGAGGGCUUCGAAAAGGUUGGGGGCUUGGAGUUCCCCCAGAUCAACUACUCUCGGUACAAUGGUAGGAGGUACCGUUACUUCUAUGGAUGUGGUUUUCGGCAUUUGGUUGGAGAUUCCUUGAUCAAGGUUGACGUGGAGACCAAGAAUUUCAAGAUUUGGCAGGAGGAUGGAUCCUACCCAUCAGAGCCCGUGUUUGUGCCAGUGCCUAAUGCCACGGCUGAAGACAGUGGAGUCAUCUUGUCUGUUGUGGUCUCCCCCACUGAGAACCGAAGUGCUUUCCUGCUUGUCUUGGAUGCAGAGACCUUCAGAGAAUUGGGGCGAGCAGAAGUCGCAGUGCAAAUGCCUUAUGGAUUCCACGGCAUCUUUACUUCCCACUGA